UAUCCAUUAUCAAUCGGGCACGACGGAUCUGUUCCUGCAUUUUCGGGCGAGUCAUCCCCAGCCGAUCAAACAGACGACUCACGAAGCGGGUGUGCGUGGGGACUGGGGAGGUGUCCGGAGGCAGAGAAAGCAGCAGUGACGUCGAGAUGUCGGGCUUGGCGGGCUUGGCGCCGACCUUUCGGGCCCAAUGCGACAUCGGGCCUGGCGCGGAAACGACUUCACCGCAAGCCUUGCCAUGCAACUCUAUCUCUACCUGUUAGCUAAUCUCGCAGCUGCCCCAGCACACCAGCGCACGCGCUUGACGAUCGCCCGCCUUUUCGCGUGUAGUCCUGUCCGUCAGGGGCCGCCUAUUACCAAAUGGCUCCUCCAAGCGAGCCUCGCGCUGCUGCUGCGUCGUCGUCACCUGUACGGAGUACCUAAGGUCUCGCCUUGUCGACGUCUGCCCGUGGUCGAGUGUUUCGAGGCGGAGAUGCGUCGCUUCAAACCUCAAUAGUUGUGCCGAGCUCGGAAGCCCUGCGUCGACGUCCACGUUGCUUUGCGUUCACUUGACUGGCAAACUGGUCCUUCACCACCCGACUAAUGC